AUGUCGGGUCAAUUAAAUACUAUCGAUCGCCCACACGAAUCAAGUGUAGGUGAUUCAAACCAUCACAGAGCGAUAAAUCGCAAGAGAAGAGCUGAUCCGUCUAUUAUUUUAUUAAAUAUUAAUGUUGCACCUGUGACCCCGCAGGCUGUUCCUACUACCCCUUCCUCUCAGGUGUUGACGGAACCAUUCUAUCCUGAAGAAGAUGAGGUCUCUAGGAAGCGACGACGUUAUGAUAGCGGCAUCUCGACCCUGUCUGAUGAAUCAGAUUCUCAACUUUCCACUGCUUCGGACAUUUCGCCAUUCUCGAAAUGUGGAAAGGGGCAGCUCGAGCCUUUCUGCAAUGGUGACAUUAUUGGUGACUUUAAAAUUAUCGGAUCCGGAUAUGAGGCAAAAGCCAUCUAUGGUUCCACAAGUACUGUAUAUGAUUGUAAAAUCCUGAAUGAAAUUCAAGCAGAGAGUAUGACGAAACUCAUCGCUCGUCUAGAUGAAGCACAUCAAUACUACCCUAACGGAGACAUCGAUGAAAUGAGAAAUAUGAUUGUACCAGAAGAUGCUUGUAUUGUACUAGAUAGCAAAAACCGUCACAUAUAUUUCACCUUGCCGACUGGACACGGCAAAACUCUACACAGUUUCGCAGAAAGCAAAGGACCCGACAUGUCUGAGCUUGAUGUUCAACCUAUUUUCCAACAGAUCAUCAGCGUUGUUGCUUUUUGCCAUAGGAUAGGCAUUAUUGUUCGCGAGUUAAAACCUAAAAAACUUGGAUUGUCUAAAGAAGGAAAACUAAGGAUCAAUCAUCCAUGGGAUCUGCUGGUAUUGGAUUCCCCGAAAUCAGAUAUAAUUAAAGAGAAAUUAAAAGGAAGCCCGGCUUACGCUCCACCUGAGGCAUUGUGUUCAUCCGAGGAUGGCUAUUCAGGCAAAGCUGCUGAUAUGUGGGGAUUGGGCGUACUAUUGUACUUGUUGCUAUUAGGACGUUAUCCAUUCUAUGAUAAAACUCCACUCGGAGUUUUCCAAAAGAUUAUGCAAGCUCGUGUCGUAGUGCCUUCUCAAGCCGUUAUCACGAAACAUGUCCGAGUGCUUUUGUACUGUCUUCUGAGGAAAAGAGCAGCAGAUCGGCCAUCAGCAGAAGAUUUGAAAUACACUGAAUGGAUUGGAGCUCAAAGAGCUCCCUCAAGAUCAUCUUGUAUAAGCCGUGCCACAGCCACUAUGUAUGACUCACUACAAGCCGAUUUUAGAAACUCUUCAAAUAGCAGAGUUUUAGAUAUUGCGUUAUCCACCAAUGUUAGAGAAAGACCAGAUUUUAGUAAUUUGCGUUUGGGAAUGCUGCAGUCCAUUUUCCAUAGAGGUACUAAUCAGGAAAGGCCGGAACGACAGUUCUAG